AGUGGUGAGAUAACAAAGUAGAAAGUAAUCGAAAAGAAAAUGGAAAUGGGUCGUCGAGAUUUGAUGAGACGUGGAUCAACCAAUCGAUUUUCCAAUAAACAACAAUCUGGAUCUGGGUUUUCUACAAAAUCUAAGAAAGGAAUGUUGAAGAAACUGCGUUUAGCUGAUGAUAAACUGAAACAAGAAAUGAGCUACGACGAGACUCUUCUUCCUUGUCCAGAUUUAGAAAACGAGGUUUCUAAGAAGAAAUCUAAACUUCCAAAAAAGAAUUUGAAAGACACUAAUGGUGUGGAUCAUCAUGCCUCUGUACCACGGAAGCUUCGUUCAGCCAUGAAGAAGCGGAAUCUUGAAUCUCUUUCUAAGCUAUCCUCUGUUUCAAAGAGACUUCACCGGUCGAAAACCGGGAUUGAAUCUUUUAGGAAGGAGAAUCAAGAAAUGGAAGCAAAAGCUAUUGUUCCUGAGUCGAUGAUAAUUUCGAAAGAUGAGAAAGAAGUUGCAGAGACUUUAUACGGUUUAGCUGGAAUGUUUACUGAUAAGAAGACUUGUAAUGAGAAAGAAACCACCAAAGUUGACUCGAUUUUGGUUGUGGAAGAUGACUAUACAAAAGCCGAAUCACAUAUACCGGUUGUGUCACUUCUCUCUUCAGCCAAAACUAAGCAGAUUGAUGUAAUGCCAUUAGAGCAAACUGAUAAACAGUUCAGCACAACAGGUAUGGUUGAUUUCAUUGAUAGAUUGAAGCAAAGCAGCUCAGUGAAUGUGAAUGAUGCAUCUGCAAAAGUCAGUGAAACAAAGGUUGCAACAAGUGACAAGGACUAUAAGAGCAAUGGUCUUGCGCUGUGGCCUGGUCUAUCUUCAACAACUGUUCAUUCAGGAGCUCAAGUUCUUUCAAAGUCAUCUUCAACAAAGCUUCCUCCUUGGAUGGGUCAAGCUGUUUCUCCUUCCAAUAGUGCUUCAUUCUUGAGUGAACCAUUAAGAGCCCAGCCGAGAAAGUUGAAGAGAUGUGCCUCUCACAUUUACAUUUCCCGUCUCAUUAAAGUAUUACAGACCAAUAAGAGUAGUCCCACGACACUUAACCAAAACGAGCAAAGAUCUUCCGAAAUGUCAGAACGCAGAAUCCCUGAUACAGUGAUAACCAUUAAUGACUUUAAAACAAUGGUUUCUCCAGCUAAGAGGUAUCAAAACCCGCAUCUACUCGAUAUACACAGGACGCAUAACCCAAAACCCGUGCAAGAAGACAUGACUAAGCUAGCUCUCGAGCUCUAUGGUCCGCACACUUCACAGAAACCGAGCUUCGAUUUCCUAAGUCUCUCAUCUGCUGGAGCAGCACAAUCUCAUUUCCCACUUCCAAACUCAUUUCCACAGUAUCAGAUCUCUGCAGCUUACAAUAGCCAGCUCUCACCUGCAACUUCUAGCCAUCAGGUGCAGCAGCUUUCUCCUUACCUAGCCAGUCGAUUCCAAACCGCUUACAACGCAAACCAGCAGCAGCAGCAACAGCUUCAAAAAAGGCUAUGGGCAGCUCAGUACAGACCAACAAAUGGAAACACCAUGCAAUCGAACCAAUACAGUAAACCAAACCUCUCCUUAAACCUGACUAGUAUUCAACAACCUCUCCAGGUUUCUUCCUCUCCAAGGUACAACAAUAAUGUAUCUCAACAGCAACAUCGUCUCAUGGCUGCUGCUGCAGCAAUGUCAAUGAGUCAUCACCAUAAUAACAAUCCUUCGCGGACAGUGAUGAACAGACAAGAACACCAUUUCCCACUUAUCUAUGAAGAUACAAGGACACCAUUGCAACUACUCUGCAACGAGCAGUCGUGAAGCUGCCUGUUUUGCUUUAUAGCUAGAUAAGUUGUAAGGAUUUUACAGAUGGUUGAGAAAAAAAAAACAGAGAUGUGUUUUUAUCUUCGCCGGAAUUUGAGAUGGUGAUGAAAAUCAGAUGAACAAGGAUUUGUGAUCAGUGAGAGAUGAUUGAAUCCCACUUGUUUGAGAAACCCCUUUUAAUGUCUUUUCUAUGUAUAAAUGAUCCACGAGUUC